CUCUGAAAAGGCUACGUGAAGCUGCCAAUAGCAACGACUUGGACACAGUGCAGCAACUCUUGGAGGAUGGAACUGACCCCUGUGCUGCAGACGACAAAGGCCGGACAGCCCUGCACUUCGCCUCCUGCAAUGGCAACGAUCACAUUGUGCAACUGCUUCUGGACCAUGGGGCUGACCCAAACCAGAGAGAUGGGCUGGGAAACACUCCCUUACACUUGGCUGCCUGCACGAACCACGUUCCUGUCAUCACCACGCUGCUGCGCGGAGGGGCCAGAGUUGAUGCCUUAGAUCGAGCUGGCAGAACCCCUCUGCACCUCGCCAAAUCAAAGCUGAACAUCCUGCAGGAAGGACUCUCCCACAGCCUGGAGGCCGUACGCCUGGAAGUGAAACAGAUAAUCCAGAUGUUGCGAGAAUACCUGGACCGUCUGGGGAGGCACGAGCAAAAGGAACAGCUGGAUGACCUCUGCUCCAGGUUACAGAGGACAAGCACAAAGGAGCAGGUGGACGAGGUCACAGACCUCCUGGCCAGCUUCACAUCGCUCAGCCUGCAGAUGCAGAAGAUGGAGAAGAGGUAAUGGGCUUCCACAUCAUCUUCCUGAUGCAGCAGGAGAAGCCUUAGAGAGAGAAGAAGAGGAAGCUGAAGCUUGCUUCCCAGAUCGCUGAAUAAACAUUACUGUCCCUGUGGGUGCUGCCACAGCUGCCUCGUGGGAAUGCAGCAGGCUUUGGACAACAGAGACAGAGUGCUGCAGCACUGAG